UGGCUCUGCAACCAGCUCCAGGACGCUUUGAGGGACUCCACAGUUCAGAACAUGGGGUGCAAUUUUGUCCCAGUUUGCGUAAAGUGCGCAUAAAACGCGAUGGGAAAGCGCUGCUGAAACAAGGAUAAAGUGUCGGUUUCUGUGACGAGCUCUGUGCCAUCUCCAUCCGAGCGCGUCUUGCCAGAAAGUCGAGAGAAAGAGAGAGAAAGAGAGAGGCUUUACUGGAAACUCUCGCAGUCCUUGGACACACUGAGUUCCUCCAAGGACUCUGGGAAUCAAGUGAGAAAGUUUUCAGGCUGAAUGUUCCUGCAUUAACCUGAGGUCCAGGGUGUACGGGGAGCAGUAGGUCUCGGAGCUCCAAUGCCAGUGGACAUGCAGCCACACCAGGGGCUGUAUCACUACGAGACCUCACCCAGCCAGCCCUCCAGAGGCCUACUCCCAUCGGACCAGUCUCCCUACAGUGAUGUGUCCCCGCUGCGCGCCCCGCACCUCAACGGCCCUCCUCAGGACUGCCGCGCUAUGUAUAAUCCCAUGACUCCCACUAUGACUCAUGGAUCAGGCCCAGGACAGGGAAUCGGCCACUGCAUGGAUCAAUACAUGAGGCCCCCUCAGGCCCCACCGCCACACAGCAUGAUGGGCCACCGGGGCAUGCCGCCCACAGAGGGUGGCAAUAGCACCCCCUACUGUAACCAGAACAACAUGAUGUCCUCUCAUCACAACUUCUGCCAGAUUCAGCCUGGCUCCGAUCAGAUUGGCUCAGUCGAUGGCUCGAGGUUCUCCACACCUCGCUCCAUGCUGAAGCUGAGUAAAAAGAGAGCUCUGUCCAUCUCUCCUCUGUCUGAUGCCAGUGUAGACCUGCAGACGGUGAUCCGGACAUCACCCAACUCCCUGGUGGCCUUCGUCAACUCUCGCUGCCACCCUAACGGGGCCAGUUCUUAUGGCCAUCUCUCUGUGAGCGCCAUGAGCCCAUCCCUCGGCUAUUCCAGCAAUAUAAACUGUCAAUCCAGGCAACAAGGCUCCAUGUAUGGAGGAGGCAUGGGGACGCCUCUAGGUGGACACACACCAGGUCCCUGCCAAGCUUCCCGCUUACCCCCCCACAAUCCACGGCUGCACGCUCCACCCAAGCACGGACACCUGAAGACAGAGCCAGGGCUGGGAGGUGUGAUGGAUGGCCUGAAUCUGAAGAACCUGGAGGAGAGGUCAGAGGGAGACGUGGGCAGUCCUUCGUCCACUGGUACUCAGGACCCUCUCCUGGGUCUACUGGAUGGCAGAGAUGACUUGGACAAGGACGACGGGAAGCCUGAACCAGAGGCCAUCUAUGAAACCAACUGCCACUGGGAGAGCUGCAGCAAGGAGUUUGACACACAAGAACAGCUAGUUCAUCACAUCAACAAUGAGCACAUCCACGGAGAAAAGAAGGAGUUUGUGUGUCACUGGCAGGAGUGCUCUCGAGAACAGAGGCCUUUCAAAGCCCAGUACAUGCUGGUGGUUCAUAUGCGCAGACACACAGGAGAGAAGCCACAUAAGUGCACUUUCGAAGGCUGUAAUAAGGCCUACUCUCGUCUGGAGAAUUUGAAGACCCACCUGCGCUCUCACACCGGAGAGAAACCAUAUGUGUGUGAACAUGAAGGCUGCAACAAGGCCUUCUCCAAUGCUUCAGACCGGGCCAAGCAUCAGAACCGAACUCACUCCAAUGAGAAACCUUAUGUUUGUAAGAUCCCCGGUUGCACUAAGCGGUACACAGAUCCGAGCUCUUUACGUAAACAUGUGAAGACGGUGCACGGCCCUGAAGCCCACAUCACCAAGAAGCACCGUGGAGACACAGGACCUCGACCCCUUGGUUCAGCUAUGACUCCUGGAGGCCAGAGCUCUGAACUGCUGCUGGAGAAAGAGGAGACACGCAGGGAGGACUGCAAACUGUUGGCUCCCGAGACUGCUCUGAAAUCCCAGCCAAGCCCUGGUGGUCAAUCAUCCUGCAGUAGCGAACGUUCUCCACUGGGGAGCGCCAACAACAAUGACAGCGGGGUGGAGAUGAACCUAAAUGCAGCUGGCAGUCUGGAGGACCUCACAGCACUGGAGGACGGAGUUGCAGGUGGAGGAGCGGAGCCAGUAGGUGUAGGAACAAUGGGAAUGUCAGCACAGGCUUUGAAGAGGCUGGAGAACCUGAAGAUUGACAAGCUGAAGCAAAUCCGCAGGCCAACCCCUCCUGGCCGCUGCGCCAAUAACAAGCUACCUGCACUUCCUGGUCCAGGUGAGAAUAUGGGAAUGUGUGCACCUUCUCCGCUCCUCUCAAAUCGACGAGUUAUGGAGCUGUCCAAUCACGAGUUAGGAGGUGGCACAUCGGUUGGCUGCUCUUCUAAUGACAGGAGAGGAAGCGGCACCAGCAGCCUAAGCUCUGCAUAUACCGUCAGCCGCCGGUCAUCCAUGGUGUCUCCUUACCUGUCCAGCCGGCGCUCCAGUGAUGUCUCACAAAUGGGAGGAACGGGAGGGGGAGGAUGUCACCUCCUUGGCCCAGAGCAGAGUGGGGGAGACCCCCUCUCUCCUGAGACCAAUCGCAGAGGAGCUCCAUGUCCUGGAGGAGGAGGACUGCCAGGUCUUCCUAAUUUAACACCCGCCCAGCAAUACAGCCUAAAGGCAAAAUACGCUGCAGCAACUGGUGGACCGCCACCUACUCCUUUACCCAAUAUGGAGCAGCCAGGUACUCCGGGCAGAAGAGGAGGUGUUUUGAGUGAGUACCAGGGGCAGCCUCUGCCUCCCUUCCUUCAACAAGGUGGUCCACGUAGGCACAGUGCCAACACAGAGUAUGGCACUGGUGUUAUCUACCCUCACCAGGCUCCAGGUAACAACAGCAGGCGAGCCAGUGACCCGGUUCGAUCGGUAGCAGAUCCACAAGCCCUCCCCAAGCGCUUCAAUAGUCUUAAUAAUGUAGCUAUGAUGGGCCGAAGGAAUGCGCUGCAACACCGCGGCUCUGACACCAGUCUUUCCCGCCACCUGUACUCCCCUCGGCCACCUAGCAUUACAGAGAAUGUAAUGAUGGAGGCCAUGGGUAUGGAGCCCCACCUUGCCCCCGUUGAUGCCAGGGAUCGGUCCAUGAUGAUGCCCCCUGGAGAGAGGAGCUUCAUUGGAUACCAGCAACAGCAUCAAACUCUUGGAGGAGUUGGAGGUGCUCUUGGAAACCAACUGUCUCCAACCCAUGACUCCCUGAGCUGCCCAGACCAGGGUUACAUGCAGGGGCACUACCAGAACCAGGGAGUGGAAGUCGCUUCCAGGGCUGGUGGCAAUCCAAUGGGCCAAGCGAGGCCUAUUAACCCAGAGGGCAUGUCUAAUACACUUCUCCAACAGGCCGAGUACAGUAUGAGCACCUGCCAGCUCAGUCCCUCGGGCCCCCAUUAUCCCAGCAUAGGCCAGGGUGGAGAUGCUGUAGGCCCUUGGAGUGAUUCCCAUAGCCAGAUCCAAACUUCCAACCAUGCUCUCCAGAACCAGCGAGGAAUGCAGUAUUCCAAUCCUGGCCUGCAGCCCCAACAGACGCAGGCCCACUUCAACAAUCAGACAGGCCUCUACAACAGUCCUGAUGGGACCCACAAACUAACCAUCAAGCCUGAGCAGCAGUUCCACCCCGGGAUGGGAGGUGGAAAUGCCUGUCAAAGUGCAAAGCUCCAACAGCAGCGGAUGCUACUCCAGCAGACCCAGGGUUACCCACAGCAGACAGGCCAGGUCCUGGUGAGGAACUCUAACAAUCCCAGCUGUGACUUUCAAGGGCAAAACCAGAACUCCUUCCCCAGUGGAGGGGGCUUGAGCUUGGGCUGUGCUGGCACUGCGCUCUCAGAUGGGCAGAGGUCGGAAACCCCCAUGGUACAGGUGAAGGAGAUGAUGGUGAGGAACUAUGUACAGUCACAGCAAGCGCUCAUGUGGGAGCAGCAACAAGAACAACAGCAGCAGAGUGGAAUAAAAGCUCCUCCUGUAUCUGUUAAUAUGGAUAUGAGUGCCCAGACAGCAAUGAUGCAGCACAGUCCACAGCAACAAAACCAGAAUCUAUACUCCAGCCAGCCCUAUCCGUCCUACCCCAACCAGAACCUUGUCAUGAGCCCUCCGGCCCACAGCCGAGGACCCAGCUCUGCGACACAUAAAGACCAGCAGCUGACAGGUCUCCAAGGUUCAUGUUAUGGCCAGGAGAUGGUGGUCCCCAGGCCCCCUCAGGGACGGAAACCUCUCAGCCGCCAAAACAGCCUGUCACAGGUAGGAGCAGGCUACCUGGGUAGCCCACCCCACCUCAGCCCUGUCCACUCCACUACCAGCCCCAGGCGUGCAGUCCGACUUCCUCCAGUUCAGCAUCCACAGCACCAGCAAAAUGAAAUGUUCUCUCCUUCCAAUAACAACAACAUGUACUAUUCGGGUCAGAUAAACAUGGAUAUGGACAAACACAUGGACCCCCAGAAUGGACCUUGUCUCAACCAGCAGCACAGUAUGGGGUCCAACCUGGACCUGACAGGUGGCACAAAGCCUGCCCCAAUGACUCCCUAUCCUGAAUCUGGCCCCAUCUCCAAUGCCUUAGAAAACCUGGACCUGGAUAAUGCUCGGAUAGACUUCACCUCCAUCAUUGAUGAUGCUGAGUCUUCCUCAUUCAGCCCAAUAAACAAUCCCAUUCAGGGUCAGCCAGGGUCUUCCUCCCAAGCCUCAUCCCGCCUCACCACCCCCCAGACUUCUGUCACCCUAGCUUCAGGCUCGGGUCUGUCCAACAUGGCUGUAGGCGACAUGACGUCCAUGCUUACCUCGCUGGCUGGGGAGAAUAAAUACCUGAACACGCUGUCUUAGGAGAAGGCAUCUUUUUCCAGAUUAACAAUCAAAUAGAGGCCUCGGCCAGUUCUUUAUGUUUUAAUGGAGAUCCCACAUGGAAAUGUAUGUAGCCCAGUAUUCAGGGGUAACCAGCAUGGGGUUUAAAACACUAAAGUGCUGUUGCUUACAGUGGUACAUUUCAAGGAUGUCCAGUUAGGAUAACUUAGACAAACGUUUGAAUGGAUCAUCAGUCGGAGCUGUUUUAUACAUCACCAUAAGCCUUUAUACGUAAACCUAACACUCAUUUGAGCCAGGAUCCUGAACUCGUGAGGGGUCUGUUGCUACAGGAUACCAGGAAUAAUGAUAUGUGGUAAUGUGUUUUGGUUACAAGUUGAGACUAAGCUACUAAUGUGAUCCCAUCAAAGGUUGCAAAAUUGUAAGAAUCCCCACCCGAAACCUUAAAACCAAAGGUGCCUGAUCAACCUCCCUCGCUGUAUUGUUCCUUCGCUGCCUUGGUACUUGCUAUUAUUCUGUGCCUUACCGUAAGACACAGAGCUAUUAUGCCUGAUAUGAAACUGAACUUUUUCCAGACAGGCAUUCCAGUCACAUGGGGCUGUGGCAACAGUGGAGCAGAGAAGGAUGCAUGUAAAUACGUUUUAUAAACAUUUAUAUAUGUUGUGUAUAUGACAAUGAGACGGUGGAUAAAUCAUCCUCCGUCUUGUGAUAGACCGCUUGGAUUCUGACGGCCAAUGUUCAGACGGGAGUUUGUAAGAUGGUUAUUUGAAGAACUGAGUGAAGACUAAAGUUGUGCUUUUUAGUGAUUGAGAAAUUAUUUCUCGGUGCUACUAAAUAUUAAUCUGUAUUGCUAGGGAUUUCUUCCUUGUCAUGAACAACACACUCUGUAUAGUGGCGUAUCAGUAUUCCCACACAUGCACAAGACAGACAGUCACUCAGGACUUGUUGGUGUUUGAAUCUUUGGUGUUCAGAUUACACGUAUGUUGUAAUUGCCUUUCCAGACAGAGAGUUUGCACUCCAUAUGUUUACUGUAAGUGUUCCUAAAGCAGCUGUGUACUUUUCUUUUUUUUUUCAGUGGUGUUUAUAACUGCAAAACGGAAAGUUCCUUGUUCUUUCUAAGGUACAUACACAGGGGAUAAAGUGUUCAAAUAUAGUAUGUGUGCAACAGUCCCCUCUACAUUACAGUAUAUUCAAACAUUAACCCGACCUUACGACUCGUACAGGACUCAGCUGAGGGUGACGGCUAUUUUGAAUGAAACCCGAGUCAGCUGGUCUGUAUCUGUUAACAGAUCAGUAAUAGUUUCCUAUGUUUGAGAAACUGAGGUACAUUCAUAGUACGGUGCUGCUGCACUUCGGCUCUAAUCCCAAAGAGGAAUUAUUUGGAAAAUUCUGCAUUAUUAAUUCAGGAUAGGAGAUCAAGAAGUUGGAAUUUUAUCAAUCUCUACCACUGUAGUAAAAUACAUAUUGUCAUGGGUACACUGAGGUCCUUUUUUUUUGCGACUAUUGAGCUGUUUCAUACAGAAGAAGGCUGCAGCUCUUGGUAGGAGAACAACUAAUUUUACACUGUGGCUUUGCACUGACUACAGCACUGUGUGGAAAGGUCUCUGUCUCUUAUGACUAUUCACAUGAACCUCAUUUUGAUAGCGAUAAAGCAUUAUCACAGUAUUUUCUUAAUAGUCAUUCAAGAACACAUCUGAGCACAGCUAGUCUCAGUAAGGCCACAUUUAAGUAUUGCUGAAGCAGUUCACGAGACUUUUCAGAAUAAAAUAGUAUUGCUGAAGCAUUUCACAAGACUUUUCAGAAUAAAAUAGUAUUGCUGAAGCAUUUCACAAGACUUUUCAGAAUAAAAUAGUAUUGCUGAAGCAUUGCACGAGAUUUUUCAGAAUAAAAUAGUAUUGCUGAAGCAUUUCAUGAGACUUUUCAGAACAAAAUAGUAUUGCUGAAGCAUUUCACGAGACUUGUCUGAAUAAAAUAGCAGCGUCACUGCAAAGUUUACUAAGCAUAGCAGGAAUGAACAUUUCUUCAUUUUGGAAAAAGUGCACAACCUACCAAAGACACCUUAAAAUGACUGAGAAAAAAGAUGCACAAAUAGUCUAUUUUAACACAACACUAACACUAGCAAUAAGGGCAUGAACAUUGAAUGAUAGUGCUGUUCUUUAGAAUGUAUGAGAUGUUUUGUAUAAAAUUAUCUUUUUAUAUUAAUGAACUUUAUGGAUGUUGCCUUCUAUGUGUGCAUUUUUUGUUUUUUAUAACUGUCAUCCUGCAUUCUGACUUUUUUGCUGGCAAAAGAAUAUCACCUUUAGCAAUUGAAAGCUAUAAUAGUAGCAUUAACUACAAUAGACAGAAGCCAAGUGUUAUAUUUUGUGUACAAUUUUCUACAUUUUUAUACAAAUGUGCUAUAUUUUACCAGUUUAUGAAUAAAGAUGUUCAGUGGGAUGGAUGCAGAA